CUAGAUUUGUGUCUCCUCUAACAAAAGAUCCUAUCUUUCGACAAAUUUAAUUUCAUCAUUGACCUUUGUCGAUUCCAUUCUCUCUCUAUCUCUCUGUUUCUUCGAAAACCUAGAGGUUUUGAAUUUAAUGAUUCCUUUUUAUGUCAAUAAAUUUGCAAUCAAUGGGAGCUUUUUAAAAUCAUCGUUAUAUCUAUAAACAAAAAAACAGUAAUUACUCUUCUUAGAUCUAAAACAAUUAAUAAAUCUUUCCCUUUUUUCUCAUCAUAAUUUUUUCGUAUUUAACUCUUGUAAAAAUUUGCUUAGCCGUUUCGCUUUCUCAGGCCCCAGGUGAUUCGUGUCUUCUAGGUCAGCUUGUGAAACCUGAGAGAAGCCAUCUUUUGUUUGCGGUUACAAACUUUGCCGCUUCAAUAUUUCAUUGCUGUUUUCUGGGAAAACCUUUUUCUAGUUUUUUCGGCUUAUUAUGCCUUUUAACUUUUUGUGCAUUUAACAUUUAUUGUUAGUGCUUUGCUUAGUGUAAAGUAGUAGUUCUCUUUGUAAUAUUACCAUAAGGUUCAGAAGUAAAUUUUUCUAAAAUUGUUUUCUUGUGGGAAAUUCAGACUGAUUUCAGCAACAUGCAUGGGCUUAAAAUCAGCUUCUAAGACUGAGAUUUAGUGACCAGUGUGGUGGUGUCUUGUUCUCUGUUCUUGGGAGAACACAAAGGCAGUGUGGAGUCUGGUAAAAUAUGAUACAUGGUUUGCCAUCUAUGAAGUCUAUCAAAUCAUUGAAGUCACUUGUUAAAAGAAAAACCAAUGCUCAAGAAGUGAGUAAAUCCGGGUGGAAAAUGAAGCCCUUUUUGGCUCUCAUGUGUACAGCUCUUUUGAUCUUUUGGUAUAAGACCACAAAUAUUCAGUUUGAACAAACAGAGAUAGAAGAAACAGAUUAUCCUUUUGACAUGGCUAAGGAAUCUGAAGCAGUUAACGAUAAAUUAAAAGGCUUGCCUCGUGGAAUCAUACAGUCUAGAUCAGAUCUUGAAUUAAAGCCUCUCUGGUCUAGAGGUAGUCUGAGGUCAAAGGGUGUGGAAAUGACUAACCGUAACUUGUUGGCAAUACCCGUAGGACUUAAGCAAAAGGGUAACGUCGACGCUCUUGUAAAGAAGUUUCUUCCCGCGAAUUUCACGAUUGUUCUUUUCCAUUAUGAUGGAAAUAUGGAUAAAUGGUGGGAUCUGGAGUGGAGUUCAAAAUCCAUACAUAUAGUUGCACAAAACCAGACUAAAUGGUGGUUUGCAAAACGAUUCCUCCAUCCGGAUGUUGUAUCCAUUUAUGAUUAUAUUUUUCUUUGGGACGAGGAUCUUGGAGUAGAGAAUUUCAAUCCAGAGAGAUAUUUGAAGAUAGUUAAAUCAGUGGGACUGGAGAUAUCUCAACCGGCUUUGGACCACAACUCGACUGAAAUACACCAUAAAAUCACUCUCCGUUCUAAAACAAAGAAAUUUCAUAGGAGAGUUUACAUCAAUAGAGGCCAUAAAAGAUGUUCUAAUACUAGCUCAGAUCCUCCUUGCACCGGAUUUGUUGAAGGAAUGGCUCCGGUGUUUUCGAAAGCUGCUUGGCUUUGCACUUGGAAUCUUAUACAGAAUGAUUUGGUUCAUGGAUGGGGAAUGGAUAUGAAACUUGGGUACUGCGCACAGGGAGACCGAACGAAAAACGUAGGGAUUGUGGAUAGCGAGUAUAUCCUUCAUCAAGGCAUUCAAACUUUAGGUGAAAGUGUUCCUGAGAAGAAGAAGACGGCUCGUGAUGUUGGGACCAGGAGACAAGGCCAUACAACUUUUGAUUCAAGAACCGAGAUAAGGAGACAAUCGACAUGGGAGCUUCAAACUUUUAAAGAACGAUGGAGCAAAGCGGUAGAAGAAGACAUUAAGUGGAUCGAUCCAUCGUCAUCAAGCUCGAUGACAAAGAGGAAGAGUAACGGUAAUAACAGAAGAUUAAGGCGUGGUAGUAGUAGUAGUCACCGAGUAAAGCAUAAGAGAAGUCAAGAGACAUCAAGAACAACAACAACACACAAAUAGCAAGAGAAGGAUUAUUAUACACAUAGAUAGUGUUUUUCUUUAUCUCAUUAACCAAUUUAUAUAUGAUUAUACUACUUAUCCUUAGUUAGUAUAUAGCUUUCUUGGAAUUGAUGAAAAAGGGUUCAUAUUAAGAUUUGUAAAAGCUCAUGUCCAUUAUGUACUUUCAUCACUAUAACUACUUUAAAAAUCAAAUAAAGAGACCCACUUUCCUAACUU